UUGAGAUCACCAGCAUUUUUACGGACACCUCAAGCGUUUCAUACCUGACGGUAACAGUGCUACGCGCUUAUUUCCAACUCGGGGCGGUUGACGAAUGUCGUGCUUUCCGUUUGGCCCACUUCCGGUUGGUUGAAGAAAACCAUUUGCGUCGUCGAUCUAGAACUAAAUAAUCCAAUGGACUUGUGUGAGGCGACAUCAAAUUUCGUUUUAUUCGCGGGCAAGAAUGAUGACUUGUGAUAACUGCCGCUGGCAAGUUUCUUUAAAGUGAGAUUCAGGCGUACCUGGAGCCAAGCAGGGCGUACACUAAUGGUGGAUAUGGCACCAGCCUUGACGAUGAAUCAGCUGUGUAAAGUGUGCGGUGAACCGGCAGCAGGCUACCACUUCGGUGCUUUCACGUGCGAAGGAUGCAAGUCUUUCUUUGGACGAACCUACAACAACUUGUCGGCACUGGGAGAGUGUAAAAACAAUGGUCAGUGUGUCAUCAACAAGAAGAAUCGGACUUCCUGCAAAAGUUGUCGUCUGAAGAAAUGUAUCUUGGUUGGCAUGUCGAAAAGCGGUUCCCGCUAUGGACGUCGAUCCAAUUGGUUCAAAAUACAUUGCUUAAUUCAAGAUCAAACAGAACUGAAUGGAAGAAUAGCCGAUCAAGCUGCCUUAUCAGAUGGACAAUCGCAUUACAAAAACAAGGAUUUGAUUUCUUCCAUCAAGUCAGAGUACAGAGAAGACAGUAGCUCGAUGACAUUACCCAACGGAAUAAAUCAAGGUUGUGAUGUAAACAAUCUAAUGAAGUCUUCUUUGCCUUUCAGCGUACACGAUACCAAAUUGUUACCUAAUAACUUUGGACAUCUCGAACCGUCCAAUAACUCGUAUGAACGCAAGGAGAACAUUAGCUACCACAGUCUUCCAUUGUCUCCCAUUUCCCCCAUGUCUCCUGUGAAUCCAAACAAUUUUUUAUUUUAUCAAAGCAGUGGGGCAUUUUUUACCAAAGGAUACAACAGAUCAACAAAACUUUAUAGCCCAGACAUUAAUUACAACUACUGCCCGAGGUAUCUUGACGUCAACAAAAUUGAUCCGGUGCUGAAGACACCACAAGAUGGAGUGCCAGUUGCCAUGGAUUAUGUGGCGGAUACUCCGGAGCAAGAAACACCAAUUGACCUAUCUGUAAAAAAAUACCCAUCUCCAGUAAUGACAAGUCACAACCUUUAUUUGAUCAACAAGCGUAGCCCACCACAUCUAACAGAUAAUUCACCACUAGUGAAUGUUUCGGAAACUCCUUUAGACCUAACGAGAAAAAUGUGA